GUGUGUGUUGCAGUAGCACUACUUAACUCUGUGUGUGUGUAUGUGUGUGUGUGUGUGAGUGAGUGUGUGUUGCAGCAGCACUACUUACUGGAACAUGGGGACACAACACCACUCAACACAAGAGACCACAGGGAGGGGGCUGCGUGUUAGUGUUGGUGUCAGUGCUGCGUGUUAGUGUUGGUGUCAGUGCUGCAACUGCUACCACGGUUCAGACACCUGCGCUCGCUCGUUUACUCAGUACACACACACACACACACCUGGAGAUUUGUUUACCUUUGAGCCGUUGCCGCAGGUGUGCGUGUGUGAGUUGUGAGUGGUAUUUUUUUCUCUCCCUUUUUUUUUCCGUAUUGUUGCGCUCUUGCGGAGAUUGUUUUGGUGAGAUUAAUCCUCCAGGACUAAGGAGCGUUGCCCCUGACAACAUCAAUCAGGGCGCGCAAAGAGCACAGCUCUUUGGAUGUAAAGGUCGUCCUGGUGGUCGUGGUCGUUGUCGUGGUGCUGGUGCUGGUGGUUGCCAGGACGGGAAGAGAUCGCCAUGGGGAAUGCAGCCGGGGGCAUGGACCUGCCGCUGGGCAAGGAGGGCAAGGAGGGCAAGGGGACGCCCUCCGGAGGGGGCACUCCGGGGGCUGCCCACAGGCAGACGGCGGGGCCCAGGCUUCCCAUGCCCUCCGAGGAGGAGCUGGAGGAGAGGUUCAACGCAGUGCUGAACUCUAUGAAUCUGCCCCCAGAUAAGGUCAAGCUCCUGUGUCAAUAUGAUAAUGAAAAGAAGUGGGAACUUGUAUGUGACCAGGAGCGCUUCCAGGUGAAGAACCCCCCCUCGGCGUACCUGCAGAAAUUGCGGAGUUACGUGGAGCAGGGUGUCUCCCGUAAGUUUAAAAGACGUGUCCAGGAAUCUACGCAGGUGUUGAGAGAGCUUGAGAUCUCCCUACGGACCAAUCAUAUAGGGUGUGUGGGGAAAAGACCCGCUUCGAGAAGCUCAUGGAGUAUUUUAGUCAUGAGGAGAGCAACAUUGACUUCAUGGUGGCGUGCAUGCAGUUCGUCAACAUUGUGGUCCAUUCGGUGGAGAACAUGAACUUCAGGGUGCACCUGCAGUAUGAGUUCACCCACCUGGGCUUGGACGGCUGUCUAGAGAGGUUGAAGCUGACGGAGAGUGAGCGUCUGCAGGUGCAGAUCCAGGCCUACCUGGAUAACGUGUUUGAUGUGGGCUCUCUGCUGGAGGACGCGGAGACUAAGAACGCUCUCCUGGAGCACCUGGAGGAGGUGCAGGAGCACAACAGACAGCUGAACAGCAGGUUGGAACAGAGUGAGAGAGAGAAUGAAGAGAAGGUGUGUGAGCUGGAGAAACAGCUCAUCCAGACCACGAAAGAAGUAGAGAUACUGAAGGAGAGUCUGCGGGAGUCCUGUUCGCAGGUGACCGUGCUGCAGCAGAGAGAAAGAGAGCGAGAGCUGGAGAGGGAGAGAGAGAAGGAGAGAGAGCGAGACCGUGACCGCGACCGAGAUCAGUCCGCGCGCGCCCUCGUGGACCUGGAGCAGAAGGUCCAGGGUCUGGCGGAGCAAGGUCUGAUCCGGGUGGAGAGGAACGCGUCUGGGACGCUGGACAUCCACGUAGUGCCUGUCAGAGUGGAGCAAGUGAGCAGCCAACCUCCUGUGCAGUCAACAGAAACCGAUGGGGCAGUAAUCAGUGACUCUCCCGCGGAUCCUGCCCCCGCGCAAGAGACCCAGCCACCUCCACCCCCUCCUCCUCCGCCUUUACCCCAACCUUCCCCAGCUCCACCACCACCACCACCCCCUCCACCUCCCCCUGGGUGUGGACCCCCACCCCCACCCCCACCUCCCCCUGCCUAUGGAGGACCAGCUGCCCCAGCAGCAGCUUCAGGCGUGAAGACCAGGAGGCCUAUUCAGACUAAGUACCGCAUGCCCUUGUUUAACUGGCAGGCUCUGAAGGCGGAGCAGGUGGCUGGCACCAUCUUCACCGAGCUGGAUGAUGAACACGUGCUACUGGAGUUGAACAUGGACGCAUUUGAGGAGCAGUUCAAGACCAAGGCCCAGUCUGCGCCAGCGGACGUGGGGACCCUGAGGAUGAGGACCGCCCACCGCGCCCCCAGCAAGGUCACCCUCAUGGAGCCCAACCGGGCCAAGAACCUGGCCAUCACCCUGCGCAAGGGCGGCAUGACCGCGUCCAGCAUCUGCACCGCCAUAGAGACUUAUGACCUGAAGUCUCUGAGCCUGGACUUCCUGGAGCUGCUGGAGCGGUUUGUGCCGUCCGAGUACGAGCAGAGGCUGAUUGGGAACUAUCUGCGUGAAGGGCGCCCCCUGGAAGAGCUGAGCGAGGAGGACCGCUUCAUGGUGCGCUUCGGCCGCAUCCCGCGCCUCACGCUGCGCAUCAGCACGCUCACCUUCAUGGGCAACUUCAGCGACAGCGUCCAAAUGCUGCAGCCGCAACUAGAUGCCCUCAUCGCAGCCUCCAUGUCCAUUAAGUCAUCCUCCAAACUGAAGAAGAUACUCGAGAUCAUUCUGGCUUUCGGGAACUACAUGAACAGUGGCAAGAGGGGAGCAGCCUUCGGGUUCCGACUACAGAGCCUCGACAUGCUGCUGGACACCAAGUCGACUGACCGGCGGCAGACCCUGCUCCACUUCAUCGUCAGCAUCAUCCAGGAGAAAUACCCCCAGCUGCAAGGCUUCUACUCCGAGCUGCCCUUCAUGGACAAGGCAGCACUGGUGUCUCUGGACAGCAUCCUGCAGGACGUGCGUGCCCUGGAGAGGGGUAUGGAUUUGACCCGGAGGGAGUUUGAGGAACAGGAAGAGAGCAUGGUGCUGAGAGACUUCCUGUCCAGCAACGAGAAGCUGCUGGAGUCCAUGGUGAAGGACAGCAAGACCGCACAGGAGGUGUAUGACUCCGUGGUGGAGUACUUUGGUGAGAACCCCAAGACCACCCCUCCAUCCGUGUUUUUUCCUGUGUUCGCCCGGUUCAUCAAAGCCUACAAGAAAGCGGAGCAGGACAUUGGGCAGAGGAAGAGGCAGAGUGCUGUGAUGGGUGAAGAGGGCCGUGAGACGCUCCCAUCACCCACAGGCAAAGCUGACUCUCACAAGUUACCCACAAUGCCUAAGCUGCCACAAAUGGACCUGAUCGCCGAGCUGAAGAAGAAGCAGGUCACAUCGCUGGUGCGGGAGGGCAAGGACGGCGCCAUCGAGGACAUCAUCACAGCUCUGAAGUCUGUUCCUUUCACGGCGCGCUCAGGGAAGCGUUCCUCUCGCCUGCUCUGCGAUUCGGGCUUCAGUGACGACAGCCCCUCCUAACUCUGUCCCCUUUCCCUGCCUCUCUGCUCCGCUCUGACGUUACAGAGGUCUGAGAAACCAGCCGUACAUCCGUGCGGAUGGAGGCAGACGCAGCGCUAAGUGGAAGCCUGCUCAGCAGCUGCAGGUGUCCUCAGACAUCUCUCUGUAGUGCACGCACACACACACACACACACACACACACACACACACACACACACACACACACACACACA